AUGGCUCCCGCAGACCGUCUCGACCAGCUCAACAAGCACCUCAACUUCCCCGCCGGUCUGCUUGCCGGCCAAACCGCCAUCGUCACCGGCGGCGGGCAAGGCAUCGGCGCCGAGACGGCACGGCUGUUUGCGAACGAGGGCGCCAAGGUAGUGAUUGCUGAUAUUGAUGGCGAUAAGGCAGCUGCCGUCGCAGACGCCAUUAACAGCGCCCAGCCCGGCCGCGCCCGCGCUGUUGCCGGUGAUAUUCUGGGACCGGGGUAUAUUGAGAAGCUGGUGGAGAGCGCGGCCGAGUUCGGGGGCGGCAAGAUCCAUAUUAUUGUGAAUAAUGCUGGGUUUACGUGGGAUGGGGUGAUCCACAAGAUGACCGAUAAGCAAUGGGACACCAUGCUGGCCGUGCACAACACAGCACCCUUCCGACUGGUGCGCGCCGCAGCGCCGUAUUUCCGAGUGAAGGACCAGGAGCCGCGGGUGAUUAUCAACAUCAGCAGCACGAGCGGCAUCCACGGCAAUGCAGGCCAAGCCAACUACGCCGUCGCCAAAGCCGGUGUCGUGGGACUAACACGCACCAUCGCCAAAGAAUGGGGCCCCGCGUUCGGCGUGCGGUCCAACACAGUUGCCUUCGGGUUCGUGACGACCCGUCUGACGGCCGCCAAGGAAGCCGGCGCGUUCAUCACCACGCCCGACGGCACCAAGGUCGCGCUAGGCAUCCCGGGCAAGCAGCUGGCCAGCAAGGUCGGCGCGGAAGAAGAGAAGCAGAAGGAGAAGGCCGCUGCCAAUUCGUACCCGGAUAUCCCGUUGCGGCGGCCGGCUAGCCCUGAGGAGGCGGCGCGGGCGAUUCUGGGGGUGGCGAGUCCGCUGUUUUCGUAUGUGAAUGGGGAGACGAUUCGGGUGACUGGGGGGCGGAAUAUGUAA